AUUUAAGUAUUCGCAUCAUUUUAUCCAACAAAAUACAGGAACAUAUUUUUUAUCAGUCACACUGUGAGUGAUAUAGGUUUGCUAUUUCUUUUAUUAGCAUUCAGCAAAAAAAUAAACAGAAUUUAUUGUUGUGAAUGGAUAUGGAAUAUCACAUCGAGAACUGAUACAAUAACUCGCGCUACCUGCUCAUGAAAAUACUUAAUUUCUAUUUCUACAGCGCAUGUGACUUGUUCUUAUUUAUAAAUAAGCUCAUAAUAAAGAAAAGAAUUGCCCAAGUACGAGCUUUUCUUUCAUUUUAAAACCCAAAUCGUAAAAGAAGAACUUGGAAACAAUUGGGAAUUAUACAUAUAACAUAAUGAAACCAUUGAUGUGGAUUAUGAUUUUGGGAUUAUCGUUCAGAGAUGUGUAUUCAGACUACUGCCCACAGAGAACCACAUGUUCGUCGACAUGCUACAGAUCUAGCAAAUACCAUAGAGAUUGUGGAUUGUUUGGGUGGCGUAGAUGUACAAAAUACAGACGUCGAUCUUUUACCUGCUAUGUGACAUGUUACCAACAAGCGUGUUGUACAGGCUAUACUGGAAGUAGUUGUAACACACCUCUCUGUGAUGGCUCGAUGUCCUGUCCAAACGGCGGUACAUGCCGAUCUCCUGAUUACUGUGUAUGUCCAACUGGAUUUUCCGCCCCCCUUUGCAGUGACAUAGACGAGUGUUCAGGCACUUCACACGGAUGUCAGCAUGACUGUAGAAACACAGCUGGAUCUUACGAUUGUACAUGUCGGGCUGGAUAUGUACGAAGCUAUGACCUCAAGACAUGUAUUGUGGACUGUGGUCAUCCUGGCGAUAUCAAUAACGGUAGAGUGUCCGUUUCGUCAACAUUAUCCGGUGGUCCGGCUACUUAUACAUGUAACACUGACUACAGCAUGACGAGUGGAGACAGGGUGAGAUAUUGCCAGAACGACUUCACGUGGAGCGGCACAGAACCAACCUGCAUCUUUUCCAACCACUGCAACAGUUCACCAUGUAGAAACGGAGCAACAUGUGUUAAUUUCGUCGGUGGCUUCCGGUGUACCUGUAGUCAGUGGUGGAGCGGACAGAUUUGUGAGACUGAUAUUCAGCCACCAGUGCUGACUGGAUGCAGUGAAGAUGUCCAUAUAAAUGCUACAGACCAUACUGUACAAUACAGUUGGACCGAACCAACAUUUACAGACCCUAGGGGCUCUGACUUAAAUAUUGUCUCUAACUACCCAAGUUCAGAAUUUACCUUUCCUUGGGGAGAUUACACUGUACAAUAUGUAGCAACAAAGACGUCUAAUGGAUUACAAACUGAAUGUUCAUUCCAGAUCAAAGUGAGGCCAACACCAUGUGAGGAACUCAAUGUCCCUGUUAAUGGAGCACGGUUAUGUAACGGCUGGAAGACGGAUUAUGGCAGAUUCUGUAUGAUUAUGUGUCAGCAAAACUACACAAUUGGUCCCUCCCAGAGUUAUUACACAUGGCACGUGUGUGGCGCCUCUGGUAAUUGGAUCGCCGCAAGUCCAGUCCCUGACUGUGAAGUUCCGGUGACGUAUGAGUACGAAGAUGAAUAUUAUCACCCGGAAUAUGCUGGCUAUGUAUAUUCGUCUUCAUGUGAGGACGAUGCCACCAGAAACACAUUACAGACACUGUACAUAGAUUAUCUGAAAGGAACAGACGGAUUUUCGUCCUUUUGCUCAACCUAUGAAAGUGAAUGUAUGAAAGAAAAUGUUGAUGUCAAGUGUUGAAUCGAUACGCAAUCCAUCUACGAAUAUGUUAAGAAAAGAAAUGGUUUGCAUCCAGCAGAAUUCAUUUUCAGACUGCACAUUAAACGUAAUUUAAUUUAUAUGUUAUUUUUCUCAUACAUUUAUGGAAAGCUUAACGUUUUAGGAUGGGACACCAGUGGGUUGAUUAAUUACACAGUUUGAAGUUAAAGUUUAAAACAAUCUGGAUUUAAUAAUAAUUAAAAUGCCUCAGCUAAUGCUGCUGAUUUAUCAUUAUUACAUGCAUCUAUACAUGAAAAUGGGGACUAUGUAUGUAAAGGUAUGUUGGAACUUAGAAUUGGACUUUUCCUAAAACGACUGUUCUGCUAAUGCUUUUAUUUCUUCACCAAUCAUAUUUUGACAGACUGUGUAUGUGAUUUUAAAGUAUGGUCAAGUAUGGUUAUAGGUAAUCGAAUCAGUCGGUUUAAAUGUACACGCUAGCACCUUCAUUGUGUAUCAAAUUGUAAUCAUAUUUUCAUAUGUGUAUACUACAUUGUAAAAAUAUCAAGUUAUAGUUUGAUUAUGUGUCAUGUUAGAAUCAUAAGCCCUUGACUUAUCAUGCCACAUUUUGUUAUGUUUACACUAUAACACCAGUUCGUAAUCAACCUAAAUGAACUUUGAAAAUUUGUACCCGAAAUAUCUCAAGCAAGUUUGAUCCUAUGCCAUUGAAAAGUUUUGUAUUUCUCUAAAAUUAACGCUAUAACGCUAUCAUUUCUUCAUCAAUCAUAGUUUAAUUCACACAGAAUGUGAAUUUCCAUAAUUGAUACAGUUAUUGUAAGAUAAUCCCCAGCUUUAAAAAAUCUUUAUAUAUAUUCAACAUUAUAGUCUUGAUAUAUUUCAAAAUUACAUCUGUAGAAGUUAUAUAAAAGCAUUGACUUUACAGUUGUACAUUUAACUUUACAGUUAUAAAACGACUUCAAAAACAGUUCGAAAAAAAUAACAGCUGUGCAAAGCAAGUUACAGCUAUAAAAAUCAAAAUAUUUACAGCAGAAAAUAUGUCUACAAGGUACAGCUGUUGAAAUGUUAAAGGUUUUGAAAAAUGGUGCAUUAUUUUAGUGAACGAAAGCAGACUUACUAAAUCUUUAUUCUCUUAAAUAGACCACAGUUACUACAAAACAGACUAGAUUAAUGACAUAGGUAGGAAUAUGUUUACAGUUUAGCAAUUGUAAUUAUUGCAAGAGAUCAUAAAAAUCCCUUUGUCAUGGAAACACAUUACGAUCAUGUAAUUAUUACCAGCUUAAAAUGUUUUUGUAAUUACGUGAUGCCUCCUUCGUAAAAAUUUCAAUAUUUAGUUGUGGUGUCUCUCUGAAACAAAUUCCGCUAAAAUACGCUAAAGAUGGUGACAAUACUCAAACCUUCCUAAAAAUAUCUACCGCUGUAGAUGUCAGAUAUUGAAGUUUUAUAGCUGUAACUUUUGCCUGUAUUUUAAAAACUUAUUUUUGAAAUCUGAAUGGUCUCGACUUUUGCACUUGUAAUUUAAAAUGCAUGUCUUUAACAGGCGUUUACAACGGUAAACAGAUCCUUAUUUCACAAAGGACGUGUCCUUGAUGUAGCAACAUUGUUUUAUUUCAUUACUAAUCCGCUAUAAAUACAUACAUACACUAAUAUAAAUCUGGUUAAGCUGACCUCGCUCCGAAAUUACCAGAGUUACCUGUUUGCCAUGAUUCGAGGACUGUGUCUAUUUCAUUUCUAAUGUACUUUAAUUUAUGAUAUUGGAGGGCAUAUUUAAGGCUAGCCCAGCCGCUUAGCUCAUUAGGGAGAGCGUAUAACUACAAAUCACGGGGUCGUGAGUUCGAUCCCCGGGCAUAUGUUUUCCGUGACGAUUUGAUAAAAGACAUAGAGUUUUAAAUAAUUCGUCCUCACCUAUGAUUCAUUUGGAGAAGGUGGCAGUUACUUGCGGAGAACAGGUUUGUACUGGUACAGAAUUCAGGAACACUGGUUAGAGUAAUUGCCUGUCGUUGCACAACUGAAGUACUGUUAAAAAUGGUGUUAAACCCAAAACAAACAAAUAUAACACGUUAAUAAAAUGAGUAGCGCAAAAAGAUAUCCAAAACUUAGUGUUACUCUAACUGUAUAGAAAAGGAAGAUGUACACAGCUAAUGAAAGCAACAUAAUAAGAUGUAAAGAAAAGUUAUGUAUCUUAUCAUAUUUUUGACCUCCAGCUGUACCUGGGCGGUGCCCCACUGUGCUGUUUUUUUUUUCUUGCUUAUUUGUUCUUGCUUGUUUGUAGUUUUUGUAAAUAUAUAGUCAGAUAUAAAAAAAAAUAUUCUCAGUUUUCAAUAUAACAGUAAUACAUAUAUAUUGAAUUUGAAAGUUUUAUGUAAUAUAAUAACAAAAUACGA